AGCCGGACAAGCGCGCGAGCCCCGCUGGCCUGGCGCCGUGUGCCGCCCGCGAGAGCUCGACAGAACUGGACGCCCCCAAAGCGCCGGGCGCCGCCACCGGGAAGCUGGAGACCUGCGACAGGUGCGACGGGCGGCACCCCACGCUCCAGUGCCCCCACUUCAAGGGCGAGAGGGACAAGCACAAGGAUGCCUGGGUUCACUACGGCGGGAAGGACCCACACUCCAUGGGCGGAGACAGCGGCAACUUCGUGCUCAAGCAAGCAGAUGUGGUACGGCAGCCUGGCGAUGGCAGCUGCCUCUUCCACUCGCUUAACUAUUGCAUGAACAAGUGCAGUGGUGUAAAUGGUGCCAGAAGUGCACAAGACCUCCGCACUGAGAUUGCAACAUUUCUCAGGAGGAACCCGGCGGUGGAGAUCGCGGGGGACACGCUGGAGCAGUGGGUCA